CUAAUGAUGGAUGGUGAUAAAGCAGAGAAUAGUGUCCCUGAAGUGUGUUCAACUCCCAGAUCCAUCACUCAUAACACAUCUGAGGCAUUUGAGAGCAUGGGCAUAUCACUUUCACCAAUCACCUCACCAACCACUUCCCUGCUUUUAAAACCGUCAGUUCACUGGUACUACAGUAAUCCUGGAGGCAGCUGGAAUCCGUUUUCUUAUCGAGAUUCUGAAAAACUAGAAAAAGCAUAUACCACAAGAAUGCCUACAGGUUCAGAUAAAGUACAAGUACAAGUAAGCACGGACGGAGGGAGGUACGACGUAAACAUGUCAGCUAGACAAAGAAUACCUGUGUACUGGGAUGGUUUGGCUUCUGCUAUCAGACGUUGUUCGUGGUUCUAUCGCGGGAACAAUGAUAUCAUGCAACCUUACAACGAGGACAAAGCAAACGUUCUGGAGGAACAUUACGCGACCGCAAUGAAGCUGAAGACCUUCCCGAUGAGGGUUGAGCUCGGCAAUGGUGAAGCAGUGAUAAUCAACUCACACACAAUGAUGGUCCAGUAUACGCAACUUACAGCAGAAUCUGCUUAG